GCCUGAACAAUGCUUUUCUGAGCGAAGGCCCAAGGUUGUUUCAGAUUCGAGAACUGCUCGAGUAUUGUUGAGUGACAUGUCAGUAUCCCUGCAACUGCGGAAUUCCCUUGCUCCACCUGCCGUUUUUGUCGGAAAACCGUCAUUCGACAGUUUCGCAUUGCACACCAUGGUCCCACCCUUAAUUAUUGCCUGUUGUCGGUGACCUCUUCCACGCGAUGCCCAUUUCAUCCCUGGGAGAUGGGCGCGUUUUUUUCUCUACAGUCUCACAGAGUCUGUUUUCCACCCAACGCAUGUGUGCGACAAGACACUCGCGGGUCGCAAAGGGUGGAAACCACGCUUUGAUGUUUUUGCCGGUCGCCGAACUCCGUCUCUUGCUGAAAAUCGUGUCCUGAGACAAGCGUUUCCUAACCGCGGAAGCUGUUGGUCUGUUCGAGGAAGUUUUCGCCCGUUUUUACGUAGUCCACAGACGGCGUGCACUCUGAAAGUCUUCAGGUGAAUGUACGGCGCGGCUUCGAGCAGCGGCCGCCCCCGAGCGCGAGCUUUCCCCUCAAUUUUUAGAUUACAUCGUGCCACGAGUUGCUUCUCUUAUGAAUGUUGCUCUUUGGAAUUCCGCAGAACCUAGCCACCAUGGGAGCGGAUCUCAACGACUUCUUCGGUGUCAUGGAUACCAUGCUCCUCGACUACGGCGCAGAGCUCACAGCGCCGAGGCUGAGUCUCGAGUUCAACAUCGGCGCCGCUCUGGCUUCCAAGCUUCUUCGGCUGUACAUCUACGACAAGCUGAAGCAGCGGAAAGCUGCGUCGGAGCAACGCGUCCGACUUCUGCUGAAAUUCGCCGCUGCUCUCGGCGACUGUGCCGCGGAGGCGGGGCGUUCGGUGUCUGCGGUGCUUUGCGACUUCUCUGAAGAGCCUUUCUCGGCGAGGUGUCCCGCGGAGCCGUGGUGUCUGUACAGCGUCGUGCGGCUUCCACCGGCGUCGGCGGACGGGUCGCUUCCACCUUCGUCGCAGCACGCGCAAUGGCAAGAAGAAGUUCGCAGUCUUUUGCCGCAUUUCGCGUCUGCCGCGGCCGCUGCGUCGAACUCGAGUUCUCUCAGUGCUUCCAAGCCAGCGCCUUCGCCGGAGUCCCCAACAAAGCCUCUGUUGUACAUCCCGCCGUUCGCUGCCAUUCGCCAGCCUCGUCUCGUCGGGCGCGUACACCGCUGCUCAGGCGCCGCGCCGAGCCCCGCUGCGUCUCUGCUGCCUGCGCGAGGUUCUCCGCAGACCCAGCGGGACGUUGCCGUGCCAGCAGCUGUCAAGACAGCUGGCCUCGCCAAGAGUCGCGAGAGUCUUGUUCAGGCGUCUCCCGCGGCGAAGAGCUCUCCCGGACGAGCCUCAGAGAGCGAGCAAAAGAGGGGAGAGACCAAAAUCGGAAGAGAGCAGAAGUUCGAAGGAGAAAACACGACAGGCGCAGAGAACAAGAGAGGAGGGCAGACGCAGUCGACGAAGAGUCUGCUUGCGCGGUUCGGCUUCGGGACGACCCAGACGCUGAAGGAGACUGUCUCUCCUCGCGAAACGGUGGAAACGACGUCCGGGGGGGAGAGGCGAGGAACAGGAGAGAGAGAGGAGGCCGGAAUGGGGGAGAUGGACGACAGUCUGUCGACGCACCAUCGAAGAAAGCGACCUCUGGAGGAGGGAUCGGACACCCGCGACGAGGCAGGAGAGGACGGAGCCCUCGCAGGUCGACCGGUGAAGAAGACCAAGCAAGUGUCGAAGGCAGAGGAGACACGCAUGCAGUGGGAGGAAGCGGGCGGAGAGAAGACAGGCGGCGCCUCGGCCGGCGACUUGUUUGACGAAGGAGAAGGGGAAGAAGACAAGGAGAGAGAAGGCGACAGUGUGGCGUCCGCGAAUCUGCGACUCGAGGAAGAAGGCAGCUCGAACGCGGGAGAAGUCAGCGGGGAACAGUCGUGCGAAGGGCAGGCAGAAGAAGACAGCGAAAAAGCGCGAGGCCGAGGCAACAAGAAGGGGGUCGCUCCGACGCGUGACGUCGAGCAAAUGGAGUGCGAGGAAAAGACAAUCGUCCUCAAAGAAAAGACGGUGGAGACGCGAACGUAUCGCGACGGCGACUACCUCGUUCUCCAGGACGAAGACGUUGUCAAGGACAAGGAAGUCACUGUACGUACACUGCGGCCAAGCAACGCAAAUAGUCGAGCCUCUGGAAGCGAGGCGAGCGACGCGUCUGCCAAGGCAAAACGCCGCUUCGGGGCAGCUGCCCCGAAGAAGAAACAAGGAAACCUCAUGGCGUUCUUCCAAAAGAAGUAGCACAGCGUGAAGAAGCUUAAGCAGCCGAAGACGCGGGCAUCACGGAAGUCUGCUCGAGCACAAGAAGUCAUUUCUGGUAUUUCUCUGAAGAAGACGAGUGUUUCGCUUGCGCUUUGUCUCGAGAAUUUCCAGUUCUCCUGCAGAGGGAGGGCUUGCGUUUUCAGCUUCUUGCGUGCAGAGGCGGACAGCUGGUCCGUGCACCGUUUUACCCUUGGCACGAAGUAUCUGGGCUGUGUCAUCGCGAUUCAGAGGUUGAAAGUUUUCUCACAAAAAUACAUUGUUGCAUUUCCUCAAAGCUGCACAAUUUCCUGGGAAGUUUGUAACGGGAGCGGUGGGAGCGUUUUCGUUCUCUUCGAUAAUGGCGGACGUUUCACUGAAUCUGUUUUGAGGGUGGCCGCCUGCCGACCUGGCAUGCACCUCCAUAGUCCACCUGUCAAGCC